ACUUGCAUGUCAUAUGAUCUCUUGAACGCAGAAGAUGGCUAGCCAGACGCAGGGUAUCCAACAACUGUUAGCGGCUGAAAAACGUGCUGCCGAGAAAGUAGCAGAAGCUAGAAAAAGGAAAGCACGUCGCUUAAAACAAGCCAAAGAAGAGGCCCAAGAUGAGAUAGAGAAAUACAGGCAAGAGCGAGAACGACAGUUUAAGGAAUUUGAAACCAAGCACAUGGGUUCAAAGGAAGACGUUGCUGCACGUAUUGAAGCUGACACUAAAGUUAAGAUAGACGAGAUGCAGAAGGCUGUCAACACACACAAGGAAGCUGUAAUCACAAAAGUUUUAGAGUUGGUAUAUGACAUUAAACCAGAACUCCACAAGAAUUAUCAGGCUGCUCUGAAGUAACUUCAAGGAGGAGAUACAUGUCAUGCGCAUCCAAAACUCUUAUUUACUAGACUUUCAUAAAGUGUAUGCCAAAUGAGAUGGCUUUAUGAAAUAAACCUGAUAGUUGUUGAAAUAUAUCUAUACCUUAUUGUUAUUAUAGUCAGGUGUUGGAAAUUGGCGUAUAUUUAACAGGACUUGGCAGUUGGUGCUUUCAAGGCAUGAGAAUUAUGUUCACUGUGACAUACUGUAAAAAUUUGUAUUUACAAACACUACACAUUUAAUAAUUUUACUCUUCACAUUAGCAUCAUCAUACAGGGAAAGAUUUAAUGGCAGAAUGGAAACUGCAUGGUUCAUUUACUGUAAUGUAAAUUGUAAACAAAAGAGAUGAGGUGUAUCUUCAUUCCCCACGUGUCUUCUUGGCAUUGUGCUUAAAAUAAUUACAGGGACUUAAGGUGCGGCCACACAGCCCUAUGUCCACUGUGUUCGCUAUACAAACAGAAAAAUAUCUCCCUUUAUUGCCAAUGUGAAUAGCCACACAGACUUCAGUACGCUACGUAUGCUAUGUUCACUAUGUUAGCUACGUCGCAGUGUGUUUGAUUCUCGGCUAUAUUUUUAAAACAUUGCGCUGGAUGGGCAUGCGCACUGGGCUCGCUUCCAGGUGUCAGCUGCGCGCCUCACUAAUUUCCCACUCUGAUUACAACAUGUGUUAUGUAUCAUUCAGCGCAGUAUUCGCUUAGAUGAAAAUGAUACUGGAGGAAUUAAUUGAAGAAGUAAGGAAGUAUCCAUGUUUGUGGAACAAAGGGUUAGAAGAAUAUCGGAACCAGAACACGCGGGGUAAUGCCUGGGUCAUGAUUUCUGGAGAAUUGAAUACACAAGGUAAUGUACAAACAUUGUUCUUUUAUCUGUUAGUGAAGAACUUAAAAUAUUUUCAUCAACCCCAUUCAUUUGGAAAUAUUCUUUAAAUUUAACUUCAUCUUCAUGUAACUGCUUUAUUAGAUGAUGAAAUUCAGCAAACUUUGUUCUUCUUAAGUUCAUGCCAUGCACCCACUUCCUUUUACAUUUACAAAAGGAAAGUAACAGCAAAAGCUCAUCGUCAGAAUCAUUGCUGCCCCCCCCCCAUGGCACAGUAUCGGCCAACAUUUCAUUCAAGACUGAGCAGUUUCAUACCAAACAUAGCUUUCUGUGUGGUCACGUGGUGCAGUGAACAUAGUGUAGUGCUCUGUGUGGCCGCACCUUUAAUCUUGAUCUUGCACCUUCUAUUAAAGGUGGCCUUUACAGAUAUUCCAGGUUAUGUUCUUAAUUGAAGUGUGUGUGCAGUUUGAUGUAUCUUAGACCCUACUUACGUUCUUACAUUCCUCAUUCCAGUUAAAGUAUAUUAUUGCUGUUUCGAAUUGGUACUUAGUGUGGAAGUUGGAGAUUUGUUGAUAGAAUGUUAAUAAAUAUAUAAACAUGUCGACAGUAGGUGUUAUUAAUGUUUUAUUUCUAGUUUUAUGCAGUAGAACAAUCUUGUACAGUAUUAAAUAAAUAAAAAUUAGUUCAGUAGAUUCUU